AUUUGUCGCUAAGCCUGCCUGUGAUUUUAGUGUCUGAACGGAGAGGUUAGGCAGCUCGGGAACUGAAAGCUCUGAAGGCGGCUAAACGAUGCAGUGGUUUGCUGCAGGGCUCCUGAAGCUCAUAAAUAAGGCAGUGAAAUAAUGAGUAUGAUCGCGGAGAUGCUGAGAUUCAAAAGUGAUGCCCAAGGAUACUGCAAGUGCUGCAUUCUUUCCACAAGUGCGACUGUACUGGGUUUUACAUUGGUCUUGCAUUCAGAAAUUCUUCUCCUGCUGUUUUGUUCCAGUGGCAUCGAGUGCUCCUCCGCGCACACCGAAGUUUGGAGCGGCCCGAAUUAACAAAAUGAGCCUCCAUGCAGCCACCGGGUAUGAACGCUCGCGAGAUCGGCGCAGGUCAAGCGAUCGCUCUCGUGACUCAUCGCACGAAAGGACAGAAGGGCAGCUCACCCCCUGCAUCAGGAACGUUACUUCGCCAACUCGACAACAUCACGGUGACCGAGAAAAGGAUCACAUCUCGACUUCACGGCCCAGCAGCCCGCGCCUUCAAAAGAUUUCCCCAAAUGGCUCCAGCAGCAUUGGCAACCUCAGCCGGAAUUGUAGCCAGUCCACUGCUGAUGGGACGUGCAAGUCAGGUGGGGAGAUGGUUUUUGUCUACGAGAACGCGAAGGACGGAACUCGAAGCGUCCGCACGUCAGAACGAGUGACACUCAUUGUGGACAACACCAGAUUUGUAGUGGAUCCUUCCAUUUUCACUGCACAACCCAACACAAUGCUGGGCAGGAUGUUUGGAUCGGGAAGAGAGCACAAUUUCACACGUCCAAAUGAAAAAGGAGAGUACGAGGUGGCUGAAGGAAUCAGCUCCACGGUGUUUCGAGCUAUUUUGGAUUAUUACAAGACUGGUGCAAUCAGAUGUCCAGAUGGGAUCUCAAUUCCUGAAUUGAGGGAAGCCUGUGACUACCUCUGCAUCUCCUUUGACUACAGUACCAUCAAAUGCAGAGAUCUCAGUGCCCUCAUGCAUGAGCUCUCCAAUGAUGGUGCACGCAAGCAGUUUGAAUCUUACCUGGAAGAAAUGAUUGUUCCGCUGAUGGUAGCCAGUGCUCAGAGCGGCGACCGGGAAUGUCACAUUGUCGUGUUGACGGAUGACGAUGUGGUCGACUGGGACGAGGAGUACCCACCGCAGAUGGGAGAAGAAUAUUCACAAAUUAUUUACAGUACCAAGUUAUAUCGAUUCUUCAAAUAUAUUGAGAACAGAGAUGUGGCCAAGACUGUCCUGAAGGAGAGAGGAUUGAAGAAGAUCAGACUGGGAAUUGAAGGUUACCCCACGUACAAGGAAAAGGUGAAGAAAAGGCCAGGGGGACGUCCCGAGGUCAUCUACAACUAUGUGCAGCGGCCAUUCAUCAGGAUGUCCUGGGAGAAGGAGGAAGGGAAGAGCCGCCACGUGGACUUCCAGUGUGUGAAGAGCAAGUCCAUCACCAACCUGGUGGCGGCUGCGGCUGACUUCCCACAGGACCAGCUGGUGGUCAUGCACACCACGCCACAGGUGGACGAGCUCGACAUCCUCCCCAACAGCAACGAGCCCGACCUGGAACCCCCACCCCCGGCCGUCUGACGGCUCGCGUGAGUGGGGAGGGUGGGGAGAGAGGGGGGAGGGCCGUGGGAAACCCUCGCGCAUGCUGCUGAUGAUUGACGUUGUCAUGAUGCAUUUAUCUGUGCAAGAGAAAAUAGUGUCAGCGUUGUACACUAAUCUGAACCAACCCUAGCCGUAACCAAGUGACCCGCUCCUCGUAUUAAGUCGCCACUUGUGUUUCACAAGCAACAAGGCCAACAGCCGAUUGCUUUUGGUUCUGGGAGGAAGGGUGAGAGAGGAAUGUCUUUCAUCCUUCCACAUUCUUAUUUUUUAAUGCACAAUGUUACUUAAAGGCGAUUGCAGCCUGGGUGCUAUGUACCGGGAAUGGCUUUGAUCUGCAAUUUUUUUGUUUCAAAAAGCCACCUGUACCGUGAAAUGCAUUAAGUUCGUGCAGAUUCAGCAUGGUUGACACAGCACAGGGUGAAACACGGGACAAGGGAGGUCUCCAAGUUCUGUGCACCAAAUUUGCCCAGGAGGUUUGAAGCGUUUGUACAUCCAGCAAAUUUAUCAGGAGUGGUGGUGCAUGGGGUAAAUGAUCUAUGGAGGUGCGGAGGAGGCAAGUGCUGUCCCGUGAAAUCGUUACGUUUAUUUUAAUUUCCUGAACUAUAUGUAAAUGUUGCAGCAGUGUUCUAAGUAUUUCUAACAGCUGAGGAAUGAUUAUAUAAAUAAACAUCACAAGCAUUUCUGUC